UCAAAGACUAUCAUCAAAUUCCGAUAAAAUAUUUGACAAUCAAAUCCAACAAUCAAUUCUUCAAAAAUGUCUCUGAUCCCAAGCUUCUUCGGCAACCGCCGCAGCAACGUGUUCGACCCAUUCUCCCUCGAUGUGUGGGAUCCCUUCCAAGGCUUUCCUCUCUCAACCAACCUCCCCUCCUCCGCCCGUGAAACCAGCGCGGUGGCCAACGCCCGUAUCGACUGGAAGGAGACGCCGGAGGCCCAUCUCUUCAAAGUUGAUGUUCCCGGAUUGAAGAAAGAGGAAGUUAAGGUUGAGGUUGAAGAUGGUUGCAUUUUGCAAAUCAGUGGAGAGAGAAGCAAGGAGCAGGAGGAGAAGAACGACAAGUGGCACCGCGUGGAGAGGAGCAGCGGCAAGUUCCUCCGCCGCUUUAGGCUGCCGGAGAAUGCCAAGCUGGAGCAAGUGAAGGCUGCGAUGGAGAAUGGCGUGCUGACGGUGACCGUGCCCAAGGAGCAAGUCAAGAAACCUGAUGUUAAGGCCAUUGAUAUCUCUGGUUAAGUGAAUAAUAUCACAAGAAUUUCUGAUUUCAUCGACGAUGUAAUAAAUUGUGUAAUUGUGUAAUCUAUGCUUGAUUUUGUAUGUGUGAGAUGUUAAUAAAUUUUUUUUUUUUUAA